UUCGUUCGUUCGUUCAUUCGUUCAUUGCUCGUCUGCUCGAGGGUCUCUGUUGCCUUUUCCUCCCUCCCGAUCUCAUUUCCUGACAUUGUUGGGAUGGAUGCAAUUCAGUCAGGUUUAGCGCAACGAAGAAACGGGCGAAGGAAAAGAACGAAGCGAUGAACCGGCCGGCUGUGGUCUUGUGCCCGCUUCCCCCCGGCCUUUUCUCACUCCUUUCCUUCCCUCUCCAUGCAAAGGAGUAACAAGAAAGAACGCCAGACUUUGUGAAAACGAAGAAUCGACGACGAUCGAGGCCAGUCACUUCACAAGGCUGGGAACGAGAAGUAGUGGUGUUCGCCGUCGUUGUCGUCGUCCUUGAGACAGAAAUUACCGCUCUCUUGCGAGACUCAUUCUCAAUUACCAUUGGUGUCCUCUCGUUGUCGACAACGUCUUCUUCCCAUAGCUUCGAAAUCGUUCUAUUCUCCCUUACCAAAGCAUAAUCAUAUAUCGUAGCGUAAGCAGAAUGAGAACAAGUGAACAAAAAGUGAGAAACCAAACAGUUCAUGGCAAGGCCACCUAGCCCGUUCGUCUACUAAUUCACCGCCGGUCUUAAGCAUCGUCAUCAUUUUCUUCGUGAUUCUUGGGAUUGAUGUUGUACGGUUGGCGGGAUCAUUCGAGAGUGCGGAUUAUUUGUGUGCUCCUACGUCACAACGGGCUAGUGGUGCAUACUAUACGAGCGAUCCAAGAAAGGACUAGUUCUUGUCCCCGACUCAGUCUGCCAUUCUGAAGGUACUCACCGUUGAUUGGAAUCAGCCCCAGCAACAGAUCUCAACCUCACCAACGUAGGACGAUUGUGCGGAAGUGAAAUCGUUUCGUGUUGUGUGCUGCUUCUCUUCUCGUGGCUUUUUUCCUUCCUCCGCUUCAGAAAGAAGGACAACGAUGCUGAAAUCCGGCCCUGUCCCAGACGCGACUAGUAGGAAAAACUCCACACCUUCGAACACACCCUGUUAAGACCAGAAAUUUGUUGACUCAAGUGUCCAGUGAUUGUAUUGGUCCCCAAGCAGAAGUCAUCAUGAAUGGCGAUCCAGACCUGGGUUCGAUGGACUUUGGCAUCGACAUCAAUGAGAUGGUGGCCCAACGUCUGGCCACGCAGACAAAGAAAACCGUGCAUCUCAAAGAACUGCUCCGUGAUACUAAGUUCACCAAGGAAGAGAUCAAGAACAUGUAUCGAGGAUUUAAACAGGAAUGUCCAGGCGGGAUCGUUCAAGAGGACACAUUCAAAGAAAUCUACGCCAAGUUUUUCCCUCACGGCAAUUCGGCGUUGUACGCUCAUCACGUCUUCAAAGCCUUUGACACGAACCGAAACGGUUCCAUCAGUUUCAGGGAUAUGUUGGUGUCCCUGUCGACAUUGCUCCGUGGGACGACUCACGAAAAACUGCGCUGGACUUUCACUCUCUACGACUUGAAUGGCGAUGGAUUCAUCACCAAGCAAGAGGUCCUCAAUGUGAUGGUGGCGGUUCAUGACCUCAUGGGAUUCCAUGGCACACCCAUGCGAGAGGUCGUGGAGCCCAAUGUGGACGAAAUCUUCAACCGAUUAGAUACCAAUCGAGAUGGCGUGGUGACCAUCGACGAAUUCAUCCAUGCUUGUCAGACAGAUCCCACCAUUUCGUGCUCGCUGCAAAACUUCGAUUCCAGGCUGUGAUACCCACCGAUCCCAAACUUGAACCAGAAUCAAGAACCAUUUUCGUCGUGACGUCGUUCUGACUUGUCACCGGGCUUUACUUAUUGAACUGCUUCUACUACACCGCUCACCCCAACUGAUAUCGCCUUCGGUUUUUAACCUCCAUCCAUCAGCCAUAAUCAACGUUCUUCUGUCCCUUGGUGGUCCAUUUUUCACUGCCGAUGAGUAAUCGUCGGGUCUUUGAUCUUUUGGACCAAGAAAAAAUCCUCGGAAUGAUCGUUCCGGCUCAACGAGAACAAAUGAUUCCGUAACUGAGAAAGAAAACCCGGAGCUGCCUCAAAGUACAAGCAGAAUUAGGAUGGCAGAAGUGACCGAGAAUGUUCCGCGUGUUAAGUUCCAAUUCAUUCAUUCCAAAAUCUCCCUCCGAAAGAGCUCUGGCAAACACUCUACUCCCAAACAGACCGACACAACUAAGUAGCACCGCAGAUGGCUCCUGAUUUCCUUGCUUCUACUCCAUUGAAACACGCCCAUUUCCCUCCAGUUUUGCGGAGUAAAGGCCCCAGAAUUCCAUGGGAGCAACAGUAUCAGGCGCGCUUAGAUUGUGUUAUCAUUUCUACAUACUGAUAUUGUUUCUACACUCAGUCUUAUUAGAGCAGUAUUCUCCCAUUCUCUGUGCCAAUGAAAACCUGUUUGAGGUAGACUUCCUUCCUUCGGACCACAACUACAUAAUCGAUCUUGUUUGAUUCCGUUGUGUCGAUCCCUGGUCGCAGCUCUGUUUUUCGUUCGUUCAUUCGCUCUUUCAUUCAUUUCCAAGCGUUCCAGAAAUACAACAUUGUAUAUGCUACCUU